AUGCUACCCUCUCAAGAACAUCCAACAUAUCCCACCAUUAUCAUUUACGACCACGAUCCGCCUACUACCAUUUUCGUUCACUACCACCAUCCGCCUUUCAUCGUCGCCGUUUACCACCACCAUCCACCUGCUACCAUCCUUGUUCUCCACCAUCCCCUUAAGAACACACACAAUCAUUCUUUCUUACUCCUCCUGCCAUUAUCUCCAUUCGUCACCACCGUUCGCUGCCGACUGCCCGACCACCUCCAUCUCCCCCACCAUCACCUCUCCUUCCCUAACCUGAACCAUUCGCCAACACCAUUCACCUGA